UUUCUGCUGUAAAUGUAAGAAUCACUGCACUCGGUCCAAGUCGGUGUACUCAGCAUGAAUUUGAUACAUUUGGUCAACUCAAUAUGAACUAACUAUUACUUUUUUCUACAGAAAUAUUCGCACGUUUCUUUGUUUUUCGUGUAUAUAUAUUUAUGUAUAUACGUACGUUCGCGCAAAGGAACGAUAUCUACACCAAUGCGUUUAUUUUCUACUCGUUCAGCGUACUGUUUCCGAAUAAUAUCGAUACGCUACAGAUGGAUGCAUAACUGUUGGAUGCAAAUUAUAUAAAACUUUACAAGAAGAUAAAUAUCCAUUUAACUCACGCACAAGAUGGCAAAUACAGGAGUGUUACCAUUCGUACGUGGUGUAGAUUUCAGUAGUAAUGAUUUUGGGGGUGGUAAAUUUCCAGAAUCUGUUCGCCUUAUGACUGGAAUACAAUGGCUGAAAUUAGAUGAAACCAACUUGACAGAAAUACCAGAGGAAAUGGGGAAACUGUUGAAGCUGGAACAUCUUUCUCUGGUUAAAAAUAAACUAGAACGCUUAUAUGGAGAGCUAACAGAACUUUGUUGCCUCAGAACUUUAAACAUCAGGCGUAAUAAUAUUAAAUCCAGUGGCAUUCCAGCAGAGCUGUUUCAUUUAGAAGAGUUAACCACAUUGGAUUUGAGCCGUAAUAAUUUGAAGGAAGUGCCAGAAGGGCUCGAACGAGCUCGUUCUUUGUUAAAUCUUAACUUGAGUCACAAUCAUAUUGAGACUAUUCCCAACACCCUGUUCAUUCACUUGACAGAUUUGCUAUUUCUAGAUCUUAGUAAUAAUAAAUUGGAAACACUGCCACCGCAAACGCGUCGGUUAGCUAAUUUACAAACCUUGAAUUUGAACCAUAAUCCAUUGGGACACUUUCAAUUAAGACAGCUGCCAUCGUUGAUGAAUUUAACAACCCUGCAGAUGCGUGACACGCAACGAACAUUGAACAAUAUUCCUUCGAGUUUAGAGACUUUAACAAAUCUGCAAGAGCUCGACUUAUCCCAGAAUAAUUUACCUCGGGUACCAGACGCGCUCUACAACCUCGUAAACCUGCGUCGUUUAAAUUUGAGUGAUAACGAAAUAACUGAACUAUCGACAGCGAUUGAGCUUUGGACCAGAUUGGAAACUUUAAAUAUAUGCCGCAAUAAAUUGACAGCAAUUCCCGCCUCUCUAUGUAAAGUUAUCACACUCAGAAGAUUAUACUUAAACGAUAAUUUGCUAGAUUUUGAAGGUAUUCCUUCGGGAAUAGGCAAGUUGUCGUCGUUGCAAGUAUUUUCUGCAGCCAAUAAUCGCUUGGAGAUGAUACCAGAAGGCUUGUGCAGAUGUGGUUCGUUGAAGAAAUUAAUUCUGGCAUCCAAUCGAUUGAUCACCGUGCCAGACGCCAUUCAUCUUCUCACCGAUUUAGAACAGUUAGAUCUGAGAGAUAAUCCCAACUUGGUAAUGCCGCCAAAGCCUACCGAGGUGCAGAAGGGAUCUGGCAUCGAAUUCUAUAACAUCGACUUUUCUUUACAACAUCAGCUGCGUCUCGCUGGCGCCAAUGUACCACCACCGACUCAGACGGCUGGUAGCAAAGAUCCGAUAGCUCGCAAAAUGAGACUUAGGAGGAGACGAGAUCAGGAGGAAGCUGACCAAGAUCAAGCGAAAAUAUUGAAGGGUAUGAAGGAUAUAGCGAAGGAGAAGAACAAGGACAAAGAAUGCGAAGAAUCCAAAGCGGAAUCGUUGAAACCCAAACGAUGGGACGAAACUCUGGAGAAACCGCCGUUAGACUAUUCGGAGUUCUUCGACGAGGACGCUGGUCAAGUGCCUGGUAUAUCGGUAUGGGAGAUAGAGAAUUUUCUACCCAACGAAAUAGAGGAAGUAGCACAUGGAAAGUUCUAUGAAGGCGAUUGCUAUAUUGUGUUGAAGACUGAAGUCGACGAGGCUGGGUCAUUGAUUUGGGCGAUUUACUUCUGGAUUGGAGAGAAAGCUACGUUGGAUAAAAGAGCUUGCGCUGCUAUCCACGCCGUCAAUUUACGGAAUUAUCUCGGUGCGCAGUGUCGUACCAUCAGAGAGGAACAGAGUGAAGAAUCGGAUGAGUUCCUGAUGCUAUUUGAAUCUGGCAUAACGUACAUAGAGGGUGGUCGUACUUCGUCAGGCUUUUAUACAGUAGAAGACACGCCGUCCGUAACCAGACUAUACAGAGUACAUGCAGCAGGUGCUUCGAUUCAUUUAGAACCCGUGCCUGUUCGUUUCGAUUCCCUGGAUCCCGGUUUCGUGUUCGUCUUGGAUACAGGGGCCAAGAUAUUCAUGUGGUACGGUAAAACGGCAAAAAGCACGUUGAAAUCAAAGGCAAGGCUGAUGGCGGAGAAAAUUAACAAGAACGAAAGGAAGAACAAAGCGGAGAUCCUAACGGAGAUCAUGAAUUCAGAGUCGGAUGAUUUUCUAUCUUAUUUAAACGUGAAAGAUAUCUCGCAACCUCCAGCGAUUGUUGAACAUGUGGACCCGAAUUUUGUCCCUCCUGCGCCGCGUCUGUAUCAAGUUCAACUAGGCAUGGGUUACUUGGAACUACCUCAAGUCGAAGUACCUCACGGGAAGCUGACAAAUACGCUCUUAAACAAUCGCAACGUUUAUAUACUGGAUUGUCAUUUGGAUGUUUACGUUUGGUUUGGCAAAAAGUCAACGAGAUUGGUGCGAGCAGCUGCUGUUAAGCUGUCUCAGGAGUUAUUUAACAUGAUUGAACGACCGGAAUACGCUAUGGUAACUAGAUUGCAAGAGGGAACGGAGUCUCAGAUUUUCAAAUCCAAAUUCACCGGUUGGGACGAAGUCAUAGCAGUCGAUUUUACCAGAACCGCCGAAUCUGUCGCCAAGACUGGCGCUGAUCUUACGAAAUGGGCCAAGCAACAAGAAACAAAGGCGGACCUAGCCGCACUCUUCAUGCCUAGGCAACCAUCGAUGACGUUCACCGAAGCUCAGCAACUCAUGUCGGAAUGGAAUGACGAUUUAGAAGGAAUGGAAGCGUUGGUAUUGGAAGGAAAGAAAUUCAUACGUUUACCAGAAGAGGAAUUAGGACAUUUCUAUAGCGGGGAUUGUUAUGUUUUUCUGUGUCGUUACUGGAUGCCGUUAGACGCGACGGAGAACGAGGACGGUGACGAACAGUUCGAGGAAGAUUAUCAAUGCACGGUAUACUUCUGGCAAGGCAGAGACGCGGGAAACAUGGGAUGGUUAACGUUUACAUUCAGUUUGCAGAAAAAGUUUAAAUCGUUGUUUGGAGAGAACCUGGAAGUAGUCAGAACUCAUCAGCAACAAGAAAAUCUAAAGUUUUUAGCAUAUUUUAAAAGAAAAUUUAUCAUCCAUCAUGGUAAACGCAAACAGCCUAAGCCUCCUGGUAGCAACAAGGUCGAAUUUUUCCAUUUGAGGAGCAAUGGAAGUGCGUUGUGUACUAGGCUAAUACAGAUACCAGCUGAUUCGUCGCUACUGAAUUCUUCUUUUUGUUACCUUUUGAACGUACCAUUCAAUAACGACGACGAAACAGGAAUAGUGUACGCAUGGAUUGGUUCUAAAGCGGACAACGAUGAAGCGCGUUUGAUCGAAGAAGUCGCCGAAGAAAUGUUUAAUAACCCAUGGAUAAGUUUGCAAGUCUUGAAUGAAGGCGAAGAACCGGACAAUUUCUUUUGGGUAGCUCUUGGCGGAAAGAAGCCAUACGAUACCGACGCUGAAUACAUGAAUUACACCAGACUGUUUCGAUGUUCUAAUGAAAAAGGAUACUUCACGAUCAGUGAGAAAUGUACCGAUUUCUGUCAGGAUGAUUUAGCGGACGAUGAUAUCAUGAUACUUGACAAUGGUGAACAAGUGUUCUUAUGGUUGGGAAGUCGGUGUUCGGAAGUAGAAAUUAAAUUAGCUUAUAAAUCUGCUCAGGUAUACAUUCAACAUUUACGAGUCAAGCAGCCAGACAGACCACGCAAGUUAUUUUUAACUGCGAAAGGAAAAGAAUCUCGUAAAUUCACCAAAUGCUUUCAUGGCUGGAGUUCGCAUAAAAGACCACCUCAAUAGAAAGUAUGUUUAAUAGAAACUGGUUGUUUUUAAUUUUGAUGUGAUUUGCGAUAUGGAAAAGCCUAACAAUUUAUUACGAGUAUAUUACGAUUUUAAGUUA